UUCUAGCACAUUCUACUGCUGCUAGAAGGUGCACCGCGGAUGGAUACGGCUGCACACUGAAACGGUUGUAUAAAGAUUCCCGUCUAUUAAAAGGAAGUCCCUUUCCAUUUCCCUGCGUCAGAGAGCAGAAGGGACGACGUAUUGGUUGUAUUUAUUCAAGAUAAGUCAACGGAAUAAAUAAGAUGCCUGAAGAAAUGCACCAAGAGGAGGAGGCUGAGACCUUUGCCUUCCAGGCAGAGAUUGCUCAGCUAAUGUCCCUGAUCAUUAACACCUUCUAUUCCAACAAAGAGAUCUUCCUCAGGGAGUUGAUCUCCAAUGCCUCUGAUGCUUUGGACAAAAUUCGCUAUGAAAGCUUGACAGACCCCACCAAGAUGGACAGCGGCAAGGAUCUGAAAAUUGACAUCAUCCCCAACAAAGCUGAACGCACCCUGACCAUCAUUGACACUGGAAUCGGCAUGACCAAAGCCGACCUGAUUAACAACCUGGGUACCAUCGCAAAGUCUGGCACCAAGGCCUUCAUGGAGGCCCUACAGGCUGGAGCUGACAUUUCCAUGAUCGGUCAGUUUGGUGUGGGUUUCUACUCUGCCUACCUUACUGCUGAGAGGGUGGUUGUCAUCACCAAACACAAUGAUGAUGAGCAGUACGUGUGGGAGUCCUCUGCCGGAGGUUCUUUUACAGUCAAGGUCGACAGCGGCGAGCCCAUUGGUCGUGGAACUAAGAUCAUCCUGCACCUGAAGGAUGACCAGACAGAGUACAUUGAGGAGAAGAGGAUCAAAGAAAUUGUGAAGAAGCACUCUCAGUUCAUUGGCUACCCCAUCACCCUGUUUGUGGAAAAGGAGCGUGACAAGGAGAUCAGUGAUGACGAGGCAGAGGAGGAAAAGGCAGAGAAGGAGGAGAAAGAAGAGGGUGAGGACAAGCCAAAGAUUGAGGAUGUGGGUUCCGAUGAUGAGGAGGACUCCAAAGACAAGGACAAGAAGAAGAAAAAGAAGAUCAAGGAGAAGUACAUUGACGAGGAGGAGCUGAACAAGACAAAGCCCAUCUGGACUAGGAACCCCGAUGACAUCACAAACGAAGAGUAUGGAGAGUUCUACAAGAGUCUGACCAACGACUGGGAGGAUCACCUGGCUGUCAAGCACUUCUCUGUGGAGGGUCAGCUCGAGUUCCGGGCCCUGCUGUUUGUUCCCCGCCGUGCACCUUUUGACCUCUUUGAGAACAAGAAAAAGAAGAAUAACAUCAAGCUGUACGUUAGGCGAGUCUUUAUCAUGGAUAACUGUGAAGAGCUCAUCCCAGAGUACCUGAACUUUGUCCGUGGUGUGGUCGACUCAGAGGACCUCCCUCUCAACAUCUCCCGAGAAAUGCUGCAGCAGAGCAAGAUCCUCAAAGUCAUUCGCAAGAACAUUGUCAAGAAGUGUCUGGAGCUCUUUGCCGAACUGGCUGAGGACAAGGAGAACUACAAGAAGUUGUACGAAGGUUUCUCCAAGAAUAUCAAGCUGGGCAUCCACGAGGACUCUCAAAACCGCAAGAAGCUGUCUGAGCUGCUGCGCUACCAUAGCUCCCAGUCUGGCGAUGAGACAACCUCCCUCACAGAGUACCUGACUCGCAUGAAGGAGAACCAGAAGUCAAUCUACUACAUUACUGGUGAGAGCAAGGAUCAGGUGGCCAACUCUGCCUUUGUCGAGCGUGUCCGCAAGCGUGGCUUCGAGGUCCUUUACAUGACGGAGCCCAUUGACGAGUACUGUGUCCAGCAGUUGAAGGAGUUUGAUGGAAAGAGCUUGGUCUCAGUCACCAAGGAGGGUCUAGAGCUGCCAGAGGAUGAAGAAGAGAAGAAAAAGAUGGAGGAGGAUAAGGCUAAUUUUGAGAGCCUCUGCAAGCUCAUGAAAGAGAUCCUUGACAAGAAAGUGGAGAAGGUGACUGUGUCCAACAGACUGGUGUCCUCACCCUGCUGUAUUGUGACAAGUACUUACGGCUGGACAGCUAACAUGGAGAGGAUCAUGAAGGCCCAGGCACUCAGGGACAACUCCACCAUGGGCUACAUGAUGGCUAAGAAACACCUGGAGAUCAACCCUGACCACCCCAUCGUGGAGACUCUCCGGCAGAAGGCAGAUGCUGACAAGAACGACAAGGCUGUGAAGGACCUAGUCAUCCUGCUGUUUGAAACUGCCCUGCUGUCCUCAGGCUUCUCCCUGGAUGACCCACAGACCCACUCCAACCGAAUCUACAGAAUGAUCAAACUCGGACUGGGUAUCGAUGACGACGAUGUCCCCACAGAGGAGGCCACUUCUACAGCCGUCCCAGAUGAGAUUCCUCCCCUAGAAGGUGACGGUGAAGAUGAUGCUUCACGUAUGGAAGAAGUUGAUUAAACCAACCUACCCCCAGAUUUCUAACACUUUAGCCUCACUUUUCAAUUGUUCAUCCUUAAAACUGCAGUUACUGCAAAACAAAUAGUCAUUCAUGUUAUGUGGUGGACCAGUGUUGCUCUUGCGUCCAGAGCGUUACUUUGCAAGACCUUUUUUAAGAAAAGCAGUUUUGGUUUUUGCUGUAUAAGUUCAUGGUGACAACACAUGUUUUAACAAGUACCCUGUUGCACUGAGUUUUAAAUGUUGGAGUGGUAAAUGUGUGAACAUGGGAAUGGUACAUUCCAUUAUCAGAUUAGGUCUGGAGAGUUUGGGAGGUUCUGCUCAUGUGCAACACUGCACGCUGCAUGGAGAGAGGACUGUAUGAUUCCUUUGCCUGAGUCCGGGCUUGUCUGUAUUCCAAGUCUUGUUUUGCAAAAAAAUUAAAGAUGUAAUACCUA